AUGGAAGAAAUAGUUCAGCAACAACAGCUAGAAGAGCCUGAAGGAAACGAACAAGUCCCUCCUUUGGAAACUAACUUCACAGAACUAGAUGAAGAUUUGGAACAGCCGAAAAAUUUUGACCCUCAACAAGAGUAUGAGGAGAAUAUGGAAUCUUUCCAAGAGUCUAAGAAAAAUUCGGCUGACAUAGUAGAAGGAUAUCGAAAAAUGUUCACCGACAUACAAAAGACUCCAACAUCAGAUGAAAAUAUUCAGCAUAGAAUGGAAGUACUGAAAGAAAAUGUACGCAAAUACAAUAA